UGCAUUCGAUUUGAACAAAAAUUUUCACCCACAAAUUGUCACCUUGGUGCAAAAGUACAACGCAGGGCUCGUUCGUGUCCUUACAGACGGUCCCCAACUUAAUUUUUGCGCCCUCAGUUACUUUGAACAAUACGCAAACCAUGGAGGGAAUUCUGGUGUUUGAUCAAACGAACGAUCUAAUCUAUCACAACUUCAACGAGGCGAUGCGAGAAAAAAUGUCGAAACAGGCGUACGAGUUGGGUUUGCUGGAUGAGGAGUCAGCGUGUCCUACUCAGCAGCUUAACUCGAAUGUCCUGAUACAAAUCUUCAGUCCGCUUUUGGCAUCGCAACGGAUCAUGAUGUGCCAGUUCGACAAUGCAUACACCUCGUUCCAGAUGGACAACAACCUGAACGUCGUGUUCGAAGAGUUUUUAGGGUACAUUUUCCUGGAGAUCAGCACGAAAGAGAUCGAUCUGGUAAAGCGUGAAUUGGGAGCAUUUAUUGCGUUUACCAAAUACAUCUGCGGGCCAAACAUUUUCUCCAUUAAAAACGAUGUGGGAAAAGUUGACCAUCUUACCGAACUGAUUCUCACCUAUCGCGAGCUGUACGCCGUAAAUCAGGGCGUACUAAUGGAGGCAAUCGAACAACUGUUGGUAAACGUGGACGUAAAGAAUACGGUGGUUACUGCCCUGCAGGCUGCUACCGAUCGGCUGAAGCAAGAUCCACACUCGCAACGUUCGCAUUCGUUGCUGUUCGUGGGCACCAAAUUUCUCGCCCGAUACAGUACCAGACAGGCGCAGGAACUUGCCGCCGUCGAUAUGUUCUUUCUUAACCUGCUCUGCCAAAUGCACACCCGUCGCCGACAGCAUCAGCGUAUCGUUUCGCAGAUUGUAUUCCUGCAGGGUAGCGUCCACCAGUCGUACGCAGGCUGUGUACCGCACAUUGUCCACGUGGUGCACCUGUUCGAGCACGUGUCGCUAGUGCUGGUAAUCGAACAUGCUCAUACGGCCCUCGCAAGCCAUCUGUACGAUGUGUACUUCGCUCUGCACAAGCUGCAAAAUCUACAGAUGCAGUUCGAUCUGGACAAUUUGCGUGGUGCAUUCGAUGCGCUCGAUACGUACGCAAAGCACACGCAGGACGCACUAAAGAAGGUGAAAUCGAACAAUGCCGAGGUAGAGGAAAGCAUCCGAUCGUUCGGCGUCAAGUGGGAAACGUUGCGCAAAAAGUACACGGACUAUUUUAAAACCACCGACAAUGCGCUGAUCGUAAAGAUUGAAUCGAACAUGCCGAUGUUUGUCGAAUCGGUGAAGGAACUGUUUCGGUUGCUGUGUGCCAGCUGUGCGACCCUGGAGCAUGGUUUGCAGCGUGUCACCGAUAUUGCCGAUGUGGCCGAGGCUAGCUUGAGCGAGGUGUUUGUAUUUCUGCAUGCGAAAUCGCAGAAAAAUUUCACCAUGGGAUCGUAUAUGGAAGAGUUCCCGGGCAUGGUACAUUUCAUGCACAUAGAUCGUUACAAUGGAAGAAUCGUUGCACCGUCACUAGACGAUCAUGAUCCGACGGAUAUCCUUAAAGAUAGGAUAUGGUCCAUGGUCGAUUUUUCACGCAACUAUCUGGACAAAGGUUACAUGUCAAUGAUCUGGAAGGAUGUCACGUUCAGUUACGCGUACUUCCUUUGGUUCGAGGACGAACACGGUGCGACCUUGAAGCCGAACGAACCAUCAAACCAUGGUGCCGUGCUGCCCGCCACGAAACCGUCACUGAUAGCCGGCAUUUUGGCGGGUGACUAUUAUCAGCGCCUUAUCGAGUCCUGCUUUCCACGGACACCGUCGAGCAAGGUCCGCUGCUAUGAACUCUUCCUCGUGCACCUUGGGCUCGUUACGUCAACGAUCGUGCUGGAACAUUGUCGCCGGCUGGCCGUCACCAUUACGGAUCUAACGGGCUGCAUCGGAAAUCCGAUUGAUCUGCUGUAAAAACUCGCAGAUAAAUGUGAUCUGCCUUGUUUGGUUCCCUUUCAUGUAAGUGAACGGUUUUUGGGCUGGUUUUUGCUGGCUCAUGGAUUUAUAUGGCCCAAAAAGCUGCACACACUUUUUUCUCCACUACUGUACUGCACUUGGCGUGCACGCUGUCGUACGCUACUUUGCAACGACAUUACCGAUUCAUUCCAUUAACAUACGCGACCGUCGAAGAUUGUUUCCGCGGAGAACAUUCUGCCAACAGCUGGUGUUGUACCGGCGUAGUCCACAUUUCUGGUGACCAUAAGUAAUGUUUAUUUAUUAGAAAAUGUGCCGCCUAGCGGUCAUGCAUACAUACUACCUAUCAGUACUAAACUUUACCACCACACGACACGGACCACCAUCAUCACCACCACCAACCAUUUAGCGGGCAUCGUAGUUCAUCCAAUUGAUUGUUUGUCCCCCCGUACCCGGCCGGUCGCCAUGCGUCUUUCUACGGUGUCGCUAUGGUGCAUUUUAUGCCGUUGCACGAUCGGGGCAUUCAUUCGCAUUUAUUGUAACUUUUGCAAUAUUUCUUUUUUAUUCUGAAAGUUCCACCGAAUCUGUACAAGGUACACUAUUUCCUGCGGUUUUAACUUCCCAUUUCCUUCCCAACGGUUCCUUUAGGAAGUAGUUUACGCAUUAGCAUUACGAAGCAAUACAUUAUCCCGUGCAUGGGAUAUUGGAAUACGGAUUAUUGUAAAA